CGGUAAACCUUGCUAAAUCCGGGACAGUUCACAGUCUGUCCCUUGAUAAGUUCACAGAAAUAUCUGUCUGGUAGUUCAAUUUCAGCUACCUAACGAUCUAGUAGUACUGAAAGGUUAUAAAUACCCAGUACAUAUUUCUUAACUGCAGCUUAGAAAGAGACACACCCAAGAUGGUUACGAUUCGUCCCAGAUACCGAUUUCUGCUGUCCGUCGACUUUAGAGGAGUCCAAUAUGUGGGUAAAAAUGAUGAUGAACGAUCCAAUGACAUUUUGAAAUGGGAAAAUUAUAUACCUGGACAUUGUGUCCACUGUGGGAUCCAGUGCUAUGAAAUAGUCUGGCAAGGCCUUAGAGCAACCAGGCCCACAGCAAGGAAACCGGUAGUGGCCAAAACAGGGAUUGAAUGCAGUGGUAAUGCUAUGUUUACUUUCUGCAGCCAAUGUGUUGAUAUUGUGGCUGCCAGGAACUGGAAUCACUUAUCAAGCUAUCAAAAUAAAAGGUUUUUGUCUGUGUUUACGGACUCUAUGGUGUCUUUACCUACCAACAUAAAAAGGGCUGCAGAGGUGACAGUAACUACUGUUGCGAGCUCAGUUGGCUCUGUUAUGGGAUGGGUGGGUAAUGCAUUAUGGGGAUGUUUAUAUGCUCUUGUGGCUUUGCUGUCUUGUAUGGCUGUUGGGUUUGCGAGCUGGAAACUAACAUGGCUAUUGAUUCAGCGAAAAUGCAAGAGCAGAAAAUAUAAGGCUCUUGAUCAAGCCGUUUAAAGAUAAGAUACAGAGGAGGGCACCUGACCUUGAAGAAUAGAAACUCUGAUGGGCCAGGGCCUUACCACCGGAAGAGGAGGUGGAGCUGAUAACCACACAUAGGACAAUAGCUUACACACAUCAAGCAAUCAUCUUUACUUGCUCCCCAAAUUGUGAGGAGACUAGAGCGUGUAACUGCACCUUGACAAAUGUAUUACUCAAAAGCAAUGGAGAACGAAGCAAACCAGAUCAACUCUUUUGCAGAGUUGGAUGAAAGUUUGAACAUGCUUAAUGGGUUUACUCUGGAUGAAGGAGAAGGGUGGAUAGUGUUCAAUACCCGGACUGGAGAAGUAGCCUCAGCAAAAGAUAUGACAAUUACCAGCCACGGGAUGUUUACCUGUCAAAUGUUCCUCCAGCCAAGGGUGGAGGGCUAGAGGCGAGUGACGGUGGAGAUGGAUGCUCGGGUGAAUCAUUCCUCCAAACUCUUAAUAGUCUUGGCAUCGGGGAUGGAGAGGAUGGAGAGUACCAGCUCCUCAGCCUUGGCAGGAUCAGCUUCGGCAUCGAGGUGCCCUUCUCCGAUCCUACCAGUGAGGACUUCCCCUCACACAUCCGAGAGAGAUCCAUCCCCAUUGCUGACUUCGGAGAGGCCCUCUCCGAUCCUGCUGGUGAGGACUCCCUCUCACACACCCGAGAGGAGUCCAUCCCCCCCACUGACCUCGGAGAGAUCUUCUCCUCAGCCAUUGACGAUAUACACUCCCAAUCCAUUGAUACCCUGGUUACCGUCCCCAUGGUGGUGGCAGACUCCAGAACAGAGAGAGAUAACAAAGAUGCUGGCGAAGGGCGGGCCGGAGCCGUAUGUCGUGUUCGACCCCUAUCCGUGUCAGUCUUCAACCCGGGAGAUGACACAAGCGGGUGGAACAGAAACAACGCUGGAGGUGAACCCAGCAGAUGCAAAGAACCGGAGGAAGAACAAGAAGAAGGACAAGAAGGAGAGGCAUCUUGGAGCGGCUGGUGAGCUACUGCAACCCGGGCCCGGCAGAACGGGCCAGGAAUCCACUCAGGAGGCGGCCACGAGCAGUCAGCAAGCCGGGACCCCGGUAGCAGGUGGGCAAGAUCCAGACCAGUGCUCCCCCUCCUCCUCGCUGUUCCCCUCACCACUGCCUGCUGUUCCCGCAAGCUCUGAGACUCGCCCGCAUGUCAGAAAACACAAGAAGAAGAGAAAAAGUACUCAAACUCAAACCCCCUCUAAUUUCCCUGCCAAAAUGUCUAGAGGAACUCAGACUGAACCAGAGGGACCUGUAGGAAAUCCUGUUCCUACACCGGUCCCAAACUCCGAGGUAUCAAUGGAUGCCCCCGUCCCGAUGGACACCCCUGUCCCUGUGCCAAUCCCUGACUCUCAGGCAACAGAGGAGUCAGCCUUCAAGAUCUACCAGUUUGGUCAGGUGGGGGACAGACACAAGAAAACUAGGGUUCACCCGCGUGCAACUGGUGACCCGGCCAUGUGGAAAUAUUUCACACACGUGAAACUGGGACAGUUCUGCCACAAUUGGACGAUAGAACCUUCCACAGAAAAUAUGGAUUACUUUAUCAAGAAUUCUACUCAUCUGAAGACGGUGACCUCUGAUUUCCCAGAUGGAGACGGAGAGUGCAUUCCUGUCGAUAAACACUGGCAUGUGUUUACCGCAACCAGCAACAGGUUCCUGAUCCUGACGAACCGUGAUCAGGACCCCUUGGUCAUCAUUCUGGACUAUAAUAAACUUUGAACACUGAUAGUUUUCGUGUUUUCAUGGGAGGAUGUUGUCCGCGAGGCCAGAUGAAAACUCAAAAACAAAGAAAUAGCAGAAUCCAUGUCAUUUCUUGCUUUACAACAUAUAUAGCGUUGUCAGUAUUAACAAGAUAACCAUAUAAUCACUUAGAUAGAUGUGUUUUGAAAAGCAAACUAUAUCAUUGCUUAGUGUGUGUGUUGAA